AUGUCGGAUUUUGAACCAGCAUUAACAGAGGUUCUUAGUAAUGAAGCUGCUUUUCUUUUACCAAUUAUUUCAAAUUUAAUUGAAUAUUAUUCAAAUGAAUUACAUGAUAAACAUGAUCCACCAUCACCUCUUUGUCUUAUUCUUUCAUCUACACGUGAAGUUGCUUUACAAACAGAACGUGAAGCAAGAAAAUUUGCAUAUCAAACUGCUGUAAUACUUUAUAGGUUCUGCUGUUGGUGUGGUCAUGAUAUGCUCGAUAUUUGCCAUCGUCUUCGAGAAGACUUUCAUAUUCUAUUAGCUCCUACCGGUCGUCUUAAAGAUAUGCUUGAAAAAUACCGAAUUUCAUUAACAAAAGUGAAAUAUUUCGUCCUUGAUCAAACCGAUCAAAGCUCUGGUUUACCAUCAAAAUAUGAACGUUUUACAUUUAUAUUUUCUGCAACAUUUUCUGAUAGAGUUCGAAUAUUAGCUCAACAUUUUAUACGUGGUAAUUAUAUCUUUCUUGUUGUUGGUAAACCUGAUGCUACUAAUGAAGAUAUAGCACAAACUAUUGAAGAAGUACCAAAUGCAUUUAAAAAAGAUCGAAUUUUUCAAUUACUUGAAUAA